CACAUCUGGACAGUGAACUGCACAGCUGGAUGUAGUGAGAGCAGCUCGUGCGUCCUGUAGGUGUGUGGCGUGAACGUGUCCUGGGCGGGGACCUGCUCUGACGUCACGAGGGAGACAGCCUGCUCAGUUUGGAGGCAGAGACGCACGAGGACGUCUCCCCGCGGCGGCAAAAUCACAACCGAGCCCCGCUGACCGAAACCCCGUCGACCCGGUCACCUGAAGCGGGACUCGUGUCCCUGCAGCUGCUGUUGUUCUGGAAACUUCCGCGGCGUCAAGACGCUCCGAGACACACCGGAUACGACAGUCGGUACCAGGAGCAAGACUUCCGCUGAGAAGAGGCGGCGGGGCAGAAACGUUACCGUCGAUAUUUACUCGAAAGCAUCGGCAUGUAGGAGCCCAGAGUCCAGGCUGUUCGUCAUGAAGAAGCGAGCCACCAAGGUGCCGGAGGAGGAGGAGGAGGCCUUGUGCUGCUGCGAGUAUGUUAACAGAUUUGGAGAGCGCAGCCAUGUAGCGGCCUGCUGCUGCGACUGUGAGGACCUGGAUGACGCCUGUGACAGGUUCCUGAAAAGGGAGCCUCAGAAACCUGAAUCCUUAUCAAAAGUGACGGAAGUUUUCUCGGACCGGAUCCGUGUACCGUGGUUUUGGGGUGGAGCCCGAAAAGUGGACCUGUCCGUCAUCCCUCCUCUCAUCCUCCUUCCUGUCCUCCUGCAUGUCGCUGCUCUCCACUUCCUGCUUGGCAUUGUGGUCCUGACAGCUCUGCCCGGCCUGGUGCUCUGGUACUACUAUUUCACUCACCGCAAGAAGGGACGGACGCUCUUCUUCCUCAGCCUGGCCCUCUUCUCCCUUGGGUACAUGUACUACUUGUUCAUCACAGAGGUGCUUCCCACUGGGGAUGUCGGCCCGGUCCAGGUGACUGUGGUGACCGUAGGAGUCAUACUGACCCUGGUGGCCCUUGUCAACACCAAGAGAGAGCCUGGCAUCGUGCGGCCAAACCAAGAUUCCGUCCACAGCACAGUGACGUAUUACAGCUCUUUGCCAGACAGAGACCUUGCUCCACACGGGGGCCGGCAGGAUGUGACGAUGACACUGGCCAAUCGGGCGGGAUCGUCGGAGCAGGAGGGGAUGGCGUUCAAGGAAAGCAGCCGGAGGAACUGGUGUCCAGUGUGCAGGGUGGCGCGGCCCCCGAGGGCAGGACACUGUCGGAUCUGUGGUGUCUGCGUGCUGCGUCUCGACCACCACUGUGUCUGGAUAAACAGCUGUGUGGGUCAGGCCAAUCACCGCAGCUUCCUGGUUACACUCGUCCUCUUCCUGUUGACGUCCCUGUACGGCAUCAGCCUGGUGCUGCAGAGUGUGUGUCCGAAUCAACACCUCUUCACCGCCCUGCUCUACUGUCCGGGGGUCUACAACCAGUACAGCACGGCACUCUGCUUCACCUGUGCCUGGUACAGCUGCAUCGUGACCGGGGGGCUGCUGCACCUGCUGGUGGUGCAGGUGAUCAACGUCAGCUACAACGUGACCGAGCGCGAGGCACGCACCGCCCUGAGAGACAAAACCGCUCGCAGUGCCUACUGGGGACUCGUCGUGGACACUGGCGUCUACUCUAAAGGUUUCCGUGGCAACUGGGCAGAGUUCAUGACCAUGGGCGAAAAACUGAAUCCCCCUCCCUCCCCUGCCCUGACAGACCUGGUUGCCUUGCUGGGAGUCAACACACAAGAAAAAUGUGAGAAUAAGUAAACUAGGGACCUUUUCUCUGAGCACAGCAUCAGCAACAAGACGACGACUCUGUUUGCAGUCCUGCACAAAGCAAUGGGCUGAGCAGCAUUUCAAGGAUGGUCUCUCUGCACACCUUCUUUCUCCUCAGCAAACACGCCUCUGCAGUGUGGACCUUGUGCAAUGUGUCGUAGAUGUUUGUCACCAAUAAACAAAACACCACAGCACAACAAGCCUCAUAAUCAGCAUGUGAAUCAGGAAAGAUACAUUUCAGCUAGGAAGUUUGUAGUGCUCUCCAAAGACAGCUGCUUUAAUUCAUCCCACAAAGGGAUUCAAAGGUUUUAAUGCAUUCAUUUGUGUGUUUGUAUGCAAUUAAUUUCAUUUAUUUAUAUUAAAAGAAUGUGAGAAGUG